AUGCUCAUAAGAUAUCCCACUUUAAGUAAUGUUGUUAGAGCAGUUACUAUGACUUGGUAAGAAUUAAUACUUACUCUAUUAUUAAUUAUAAUCAUAACAUAAAUUUUUACAUUAAUAGCUUUUUAUACUUUAUAAGAUCCUUUAGAAUUGGAUUGUAAGGAAGUAAGUAUUUGCUUCCUAUAAAUCUUUGAUAAGAAUUUUAAAGUCCCUGGAGAUAUAGGAGGUGAUAUUACUAAUGAUAAUCCAUAAUCCAUCUACUACUUACGAGAUCUUUAGAUAUAUAUAUGA